AUGGCGUCACCCUUUUGUUCUGGAUCGAGUCAGACGCAGUCUCAGAAGCAGAAGCAGAAGCAGGAUGAGAGUAGUAAUCACCUAUCGUUCGCGACGGUUGAAAUUCUCGAAGAUAUCAAAUCCUACUCCUCCCUCCUCGCUCGUCGCGAGGAACUCGAUCGAUUUCAUCGGGGUGAUUUUGAUCGCAAUCGAAGUCCGACGGGUUGGGACUUGUGGGUGAAAAGGAAUUAUCCGAAGAAGAGGUUGAAUAAGAAGGGGAAGUUUCAGGAGAAGGUUGAUUUGUGUGUUAGAGGGAAUGAGGAGGAAGGGGAGUUGAGGGUUGUUAAGACGAGGGAUUUGGGGGUGAGGGAUGGGGGGAGGGUGGUGGUUGUUAAUUUUGCUUGUGAGGAUGGAGGAGAAAGGGAAAAGGGUAGGGGAGGGGCGGAGGUCUUCAUUGAGGAGGAUAUCAGAAAGAGGAGGAAGUUGGGGAAGGGGGAUAAAGAGAAUGUGGUGGGGUAUUUGUGGAGGAGGUUUAGGGAGAUCCGCGAAGAUGACUCUGCUGACCGACGCGACUCGAAGCCUAUGAACUUGGAAUUCCCUCUCGCUGAUAAUGCCAGCGAGAGCGAGUCUGAGCCGAUGAGGAAGGAAUUCACCCCCACUAACUCUGCUGGCCGACGCGAUUCUAAGCCAACGAAGGUCGAUAUCCCCCUCGCCGAACACCUAGGCAACAUCCUGAAACUGCUUCGCCUGUGUAAUUCGUCCACCACCACCUCCGAACUCGACAUCGCACGAGACCGUCUACGAACAUACGUCGUUGCCACUAGCCAUCGAAAAAUCCUCCACCGCAUCAAUCUCGGGAGGCAACAUUUCACUCGCGGCAAGAGAGAUUUCUUCGACAUCUUAACACUAAGUCCUCAAGACACCAAAGACAUCUCAGAAGAAGAAUGGCUCAACACCUCCACAAUCCCCAACGAACCAACCCUGCAAAAACUCUACACAAAAUCCCAAAUCAAAUGCGUCCAAUCUCUCGCAAAAUACACAGGACAAAGCCACCUCGUUGAUAGAAACAUCGAAAAGCAUCCAGUGUAUGACCGAAGAGGACGGAAAAUUUUGCAUAUCAUGUUAUCGCUGUAUUUGGGGGAUUUGGUGAAGAGUUUGAAGACUUUAGAGACGGAGAUGGAUUUGUGGAAAGAGGGAAGAAGAGGAAUGUUGGAUUUGAAGAGUAUGAGGAGAGUUGUGGGGGAUGCGGAGUGGCAGUUUUGGAAUUUGGGGUAUUUUGUUAGGAAGUUUGAGGGGGUUUUGGGGUGGCAUUUGAAGUGGUUGGAGGGGUUUAGGAAGAGGAGGAAGGGUGGAGGUGGAAAUGGAGUUGCUGCUGGUGAUUGUUCUGUUGAUGAGGAUGAUGAGGAGGGAAAAGAGCUGGAUGAGAUGGCUUGGGUUGAUGGGGCUUUGGAGUACCUUCGGAAUAUCUGUCGGCAUGAGUUUGCUAUUGUUGGGGAGACGAAUUGGCAUCCGGGGAAGCGUUCGCGGGGGAUGAAGAAGCGUGAAAGGGACUUUAUCCACACGGCUACGUUUGCGUUGGUCGAUAUCCGUCAACCGAAGGUCCACCAGGAGAGAACUAAAUCGUUCAAUGAUUGUCUGGACGAGCUUGUCAAGGACGAUACUGGGCUGGCCGACAUCCAGUCUAAUCUGCAGAAGAUUUUCUCUCGCACUUGUGAGAAGGGGUUCUGCGAGAUCUCUCCACAACUGGGCAAGGAUAAGAAGUUUAGUGGGAGGGUGCACUAUGACGCUGUUAUGGGAUCGCUGUUCAUGCUGGUGAGUAGGAAGGAUCUUUGGGAGAAGAUGACGCUCGGAAAACUCAAGAAGCUUGGAAUCUCUGCGAACACGAAAGCUGAAGUACGGCGAGUGUUGAAGGAUCUGGGGCUCUAUGUCGAUGCGAUCGCUUUGAAGAAACAGAAGUGUUGUUCUGCCUGCGAUGAAGCCUGCAAAGCUGCUGCAGCUGCACAUCGGUCCUCAAGACGGAACUCAGGAAAGCGAAGCGAGCCGCAGAGCUUCCUUCCCGCAGCAAGGCACAAGGCAGUAGCUCUCCCGCCCUUUACAUCAACAGAAGUGGCUGAAGCGUCCCUUGGCAACUUGCAAAAUGCCGCAAAAGAUGAGUUGAACAAGCUCCUGCACAACGCCCAAGUAGCACAGGAUAUUGCAGAGAGUGUAAGUUCCCACCCAGUUUUCAGCGACCGGCCGGACGACGAUGAGGAUCCGCCUAGAGAAUUCGCCGUAUACACCAAGCCUACUCGUCCAGUCAGCCCGAUAAAAAUACUCACGGAUCUGAGCUCCGUCCCUACUGCACCGCCCGAGCUCAGUCUUCCCGGUCCCAGCAUGUCGCAAGAAUCUGUCCCGCAAAGCGCUCCAGCGCAAGCGAAUGUGCAAAGCAGCUCCGCCAGUGACACUUCCUCACCCCCAUACAAAGCAGUAGCCCUCCCGCCUUUCACCCCACAACGCAUCGCUGAGACCGUGCUCGCAGAUCUCAAGACUGUCCUGAAGGACUGGUUUGCUGAGGUUCUGGAACGAAAACGGGCGGCCGAUGCGGAAGCGGAGAUUGAAAGACGUGAUCGUGAGCUGAGGGAGCUGAAUUACGUUUCGUCUCCUGAGUUGACCCCUCCUGCUCCGUCGAAAUCUCCAUUCGAUGAACACUUGUUAUAUGACUCUGCUUCGGUGCCGGAGUUGGAGCUACCGGGACCUCGCUUAUCAGCGAGUGAUACUGUUCAGGGGCGGUCAGAGAGUAGUGGUGACGGUUGUGUUGGGAAGGAAAAUGGAGAUCAACGAGGAUAA